AUGGCGCAUUUUUCACUUUUUACUUUUAUUUUCAUUUGCUUUUCUUAUUUAAUAGUUAUUUCUUUUGGAAUAAAUAAUGGUUUUAGUGUUGAACUCAUUCACCGAGAUUCUUUCAAAUCACCACUUUACAAUCCCACACAGACUAAAUUUCAAAGAAGUUUCAAUGUUGUGCAUCGGUCUAUCAACCGUGCCAAUUAUUUCUACAAAAAACUUUUUUUUACUAAAAACAAACUUGAGUCAUAUAUGCCCUAUGAUGGCGGUGAAUAUCUCAUGAGUUAUUCUAUUGGUACCCCAUCAUUUAAGGUUUUGGGGAUUGUAGACACAGCUAGUAAUUUAAUGUGGCUUCAAUGCAAACCUUGUCAUUCAUGUUACAACCAAACCUCUCCUAUUUUUAAUCCUUCAAAAUCUUCUAGUUACAAAAAUAUUUCAUGCUCAUCUACAACAUGUAAAUCUAUGGAAGAUACUUCUUGUUCUUAUGAUGCAGAUGUUUGUCAAUAUACUUUGGAUUAUGGUCAUGGAUAUGAUACACAUGGAGAUCUUAGUGUAGAGACUCUUACAUUAGAUUCUGUCACAGGCUCUUUUGUCUCAUUUCCUAAAAUUGUUAUAGGAUGCGGACAUAAUAAUGGUGACCCAACAUAUAAUGGUCCAAAUUCAGGUGUAAUUGGUUUUGGAAGUGGAAAUACCUCAAUUAUAAAACAAUUAGGAUCUUCAAUUGGAGGAAAAUUCUCAUAUUGUUUAAUUGACCAGUAUCAUAGCAAGUCUAUUAGAUCUAGUAAACUCAGUUUUGGAGAUGAAGCUAUUGUUACCGGUGAUAAUGUUGUUUCAACUCCUAUAGUAAAAAUGAUAGGAAAUCGCCAAAAAGACUAUUAUUAUUUAACUGUGAAAGCAUUUAGUGUGGGAAAUAAAAAAAUAAAGUAUAAAGGGUUUAAACGUGAAGGAACAAAUGCUUCUACACAUAACAUCAUAAUAGAUUCUGGUACAACUGUAUCUAUUCUUCCACAUCAUUUUUAUUAUAGGUUGGAAUCUGCUGUGAAAAAAGUGGUUAAACUAGAGCGUUUUCAAGUUCGUGAAGAUCCAUCUAGCCUUUGUUAUAAUACCACAUCUAAACAAGAAAAGUUACCACAAAUUACAACACAUUUUAAGGGCGCAGAUGUUAAGUUAGAUUCUCAUGGCGCAUUUUAUUCUCUAUAUGAGGGGGUUGAAUGCUUUGCAUUCCGUCCGUUUAAAAAUGGAUUAGGCAUCUUUGGAAACAUGGCACAAAUAAACUAUUUGAUUGGUUAUGAUCUCAACAAAAAUAUUGUCUCUUUUAAACCUACUGAUUGUGCCAGCUAUUGA